AUGGGAGGCUUGGGCCGAUCAGUUAUUCUGCUACAGGCUUUGAGCCUAACCGCUCAAGCCACAACCAAGGCCGUUUUCGCUCAUUUCAUGAUGGCAAAUACCGAAGCGUAUGAAAUUUCUGACUGGAAAAGAGACAUUACUCUCGCCCAAGAAGCGCACAUCGACGCCUUCGCCCUUAACAUGGCCUACGGCACACCACAAAUGGAAAAAUCGACUGCCGAUGCUUUUGCUACAGCUGAGGAUCUUGGCUUCCUGCUAUUCCUUUCUUUCGACUACGCCGGCAACGGGUCCUGGCCACAAGAUCAAAUUGUGAAUUAUGUCCAAAAAUAUGCCCCCAGCUCGGCUUAUUAUACCUACAAGGGAAAGACUUUUGUUUCAACGUUCGAAGGCCCCGAAAGCGCGGAAGAUUGGGUGAUCAUCAAAAACAAAACAAAUUGCUUUUUCGUUCCUGAUUGGUCGUCUAUCGACCCUAAUUCUGCUCUCCAGCUCGGUGGAGGAGUGGUUGAUGGGUUGUUUUCGUGGGCAGCUUGGCCAACAAACAGUCAGCAGAUGACCACCUACGUGGAUGCGUCGUAUCUUGAUGCUCUCAAUAAAGCAGAAAAACCAUACAUGAUGCCGGCAUCUCCCUGGUUCUACACAAACAUGCCAGGGUACAAGAAGAACUGGGCAGUGCAGGGGGAUGACCUUUGGUACAGCCGAUGGGUGGAGAUUGCAUUCCUCCAGCCUGAGUGGGUGGAAGUAAUUUCCUGGAACGAUUACGGCGAGUCGCAUUAUAUCGGACCCCUUAACGACAAGGGCUACGGUGUUUUUACCUCAGGAAAGGCACCAUUCAACUACGCACGAGGCAUGCCACACGACGGUUGGCGGCUGCACCUUCCUUUCGUCAUUGAUAUGUACAGAACAGGAACGGCAUCUAUGACAGAAGAAAGUCUGGUCGCGUGGUACCGAACGGAAACGGGCCGUUCCUGCUCCGUCGGGAACACCACCGGCUUUAUAUAUUCCGGACUGGGAAUCGACAUCGAUACUGAGACAGAGACGGGCGAGACUGAUAACAAUGACUGGAUUGAGGAUAAAAUCUUUUUCUCCGCUCUUCUCGCUUCAAAUGCGUCGGUUUCAAUAAGCAUUGAUGGAAAGGAGUACGACGCGCAAUGGGAAUAUGAGCCCUAUGGCGGCAUUGGGAUCUACCACGGAAGUUUUGGUCUUGAAGCUGACCACCUCGGGGAAAUUACUAUCAACGUUUUGCGCGACGAUCAAAAAAGUGUCAGUCUCGAUGGCCGAUCUCUCACAGCGAGCUGCACUAAAGGUUAUAUGAAUUUGAAUGCGUGGGUUGGAAGUGCUACCUCGGGAAGCACGAUGCCUGCGGCCUCACCAACGGUGGCUCUUUCCGAACAAGUCUGCACCAGUGGAUCCGGAACAUCAAACUUCACAGAGCUCUGCCAAUUUACCUGCAAGUACGGAUACUGCCCUAUGGAUACCUGCUACUGUAAUGCUAUGGGUGUGGCAAGGAAGAAACCAGCACCGACAAAAGAUGAAGGACACCCUAAAGACGGGAUCCAAAGCUAUACGGGGCUUUGCUCAUUUGCAUGUUAUUAUGGAUUUUGUCCAACGGAUUUCUGUUAUGGUACUAGGACUGGGUCUUCAUCGUCAUGUAAAGGCUCCGGGUGCAAGCAUGCUAAUGAAGGGUCGAGGAAGUCUAUCGUUUUGGCUUUGAUUCUUCCGCUACUGUCCUUCAGCUUUCUUACGAACUAUUUCUUGACUCACUAA